AUGGCUCGUCGUCUGUAUCUUGUCUCCGUCCGCGCCACUGCGACCGUCCUCUUUUACAUGUUUGCAGCCAUUUGCAUGAUCAUUGUCAACAAAUGGGUUCUCCUCAAGAGCACGACGCCCCUCUUCUUCCUCCUCGCCCAGCUGCUCAUCGCCGUCGUUCUCUUCCUCAUCACCCACGCUCUCGGUCUCUUCAAAAUCAGUGUAUUCCUCCAGUGGGACGUCUGUGUCGGUCUUUGGCCAAUGAUUCUCGCCAAUGUCAUCGGCCUGAGUGCAAACAACUAUUGCCUCAAAUACGUCGAUGCCUCAUUCUAUCAGAUAGCGCGCGGCCUUGUGCUCCCGCUCACAGUCGUCUUGUCGCUCAUCUUCCUCAAGGCCUCUAGACCAUCCAUCCGCGUGCUCGCUGCAUGUGCAGUUGUUACCGCUGGAUUCUUCGUCGGCGUUCUCUUGGACGGCUCUCCCAGCAGCGAUUCUAAAAAGGCCAACUCGAACAUGAUCCUCGGUGUCGCAUUCGGCUUGCUAUCCUCGGUCACGACCGCUGGACAUGCCAUCAUCAUCAAACGCUCCCUCCCCGUCGUCAACAACGAUGCAAUUGAGCUCGCAUGGUACUCCAACGUGCUCUCGUCCGCGCUGCUCAUACCUGUAAUGCUCAUCGUGGGCGAAGGUGCCGAUAUCCUCGACCUCGUGAGCAGCCCUCUGUAUGUCGAUGGUCGGAUGAGCGGACUUGGCCACUUUCUCUGGGGUUCAAUGGUCACUGGUCUUGUUGGGUGGCUGCUCUCCAUUGCAGGAGUGCUUUCCAUCAAAAUCACUUCCCCCAUUACCCACAUGGUGUCCAGCGCCGUCCGUGGCAUCUUGCAGAGCGCAAUGGGAGUCUGGGUCUUUGGUGACAUUAUCACCACUGGGCGAGGCACCAGUAUCUUUGUCAUCCUCGCUGGAUCUGCUUACUACACGUGGGCUAAGAAUGAGGAACUCUUGGAACAGCGCGCACGCGAAGCAAACGCCGCCAAGUCAUUCGAAGUGACCCCUAUCAUGUUCGAUGCCGACAGAAGGCCCUCGAAUGAUAUUGAGAGCGGAGCCGAGGACGUUCCCGACUCGGGGAGAUGGCAUAGGCGGUCUCGCAGCCACGGAAAUGGCUACAACAGUGUCCCACUGGACGAAAUCCGCACACCGGACCUGACGACCGAAGAAAGAAAGCUAGAUGACCCACGAGGAAAGUAUGCAGACUAG